AUGUCCAACUAUAACAGAGGAGGUUACAGCUCGAGCCAGGGUCAGGGUCAGGGAUACGUUCAGGACAGUUUUGGAAACGAUGGAACAGCCCCGAAGAGGACAUACAACCAUACACUUCGCCCUGUCACAAUCAAGCAGAUCUUGGGAGCGACGCCGGCGCAGGCAGACGGAGACUUCAAGAUUGACGGACAGGAUAUUGGACAGGUCACGUUGAUUGCGGCGGUCCGAAACAUCAACCAAGCAUCGACCCAGAACAUCUAUAUGGUUGAGGAUGGAACCGGGGUCAUUGAUGCCAAGAAGUAUCCUUCGGACCAUGACGAUCCUGAGGAGGUCAACUCCAUCCUGUUGAACACAUACGCUCGUAUUGUCGGAACUGUCAAGAUCUUCAAUCAGAAGCAGUAUAUUCAGGUCCACUCGAUUCGCCCCAUCACCAACAUGAACGAGGUCACCUACCACAACUUGGAAGUCCUGACCGUCCACGUCAUCGCCACCCGCAACAAGAUGGGAGGACCUGGUGCAUCACAGUCGUCGAGCGCUUAUGGACAAAAUCUCAACAGCAUGCAUGGAGUGACUUCAACGGAUACGCACAUGAGAGGAGGAAAUGACGAUGUCGCCAACAGCAUUUCUGACUUUAUCGACAACCAUCCAGGAAAGGCGUCUGGUGUUGGAGCGCAUCGUCGGGAUAUCACUGCUGCUUUCGCACAGCGUCUCGGGGGCGAGCACAAAGUCAAGUAA